AAAAACCGAGAAAAAUUCGUCACAAGUCUCUUGCUGGUCCAAAGCCGCCGGCCGUUCAAUCCGUCCUCUGACUUCUCCCCCGGCUGGGCUGCCCGCGACUGCGAACCCGAUCUCGAAUUCUCGAUUCGAUCCCAUGGCGGCCGCCCUCUCCUCCUCGCGGCGCGCCCUGCACACCCUCCACCGCCGCCUCCUCCUCCACCCCUCCCCCUCACCAGCCGCCGCGCGCCGCGCCCUACCCACACUCACACCCACUCGCACUCCCAUCCCCGCCCACUCCCCCACCCCCACUUUCUCCUUCUCCUCCUCCUCCCGAUUCUCCACCACCGCGCGCCCCGAUGCGAGGCUGCGGCACGGGGUGCUGCCGCAGGGCCCGCAGCAGCGGCUCGUGGGCGGGGUCAGGUCGGUGGCUAGCGGCGGGUCGAAGCUGGCGCCGCUGGGCCAGGGGGUCAAGGGGCUGGGGCGGCCCGUGGAGGCGGCGAGGAGCGCCGCCGCGCGGUACCGCGCGGCCGUCGGCCUGCAGGUCGAGGCCUUCUGGCGGCGCAACUACAUGGUCCUCGUCGGCGCCGGGGCAGUCAUCGUCUGCGUCGCGCUGUGGAGGAUCAUGUUCGGCAUCGCCAGCACCUUCGUCGGACUCUCCGAGGGCAUGGCCAAGUACGGCUUCCUCGCCCUUGCCACCGCCAUUGUCGCCUUUGCCGGUAUGUAUGCCCGGUCAAGGUUAACCAUAAACCCGGACAAGGUUUACCGGCUGGCUAUGACAAAACUCAAUACAUCUGCUGCAAUCCUUGAAGUUAUGGGUGCGCCCCUAACGGGUACUGAUGUCAGAGCAUAUGUUAUGUCUGGAGGAGGCCCGAAACUAAAGGACUUCAAAUUCAAGCUUGGCAGUAAACGGUGCUUCCUCAUUUUCCCCAUCAAAGGAUCAGAAAGAAGGGGUCUCGUAAGUGUUGAGGUCAAGAAGAAAAAAGGACAGUAUGACAUGAAGCUACUAGCUGUUGACAUACCAAUGGCAUCAGGUCCUGACCAGCGGCUGUUCCUCGUCGGUGAUGAACAAGAGUACAAGGUGGGUGGGGGCUUGAUAUCUGAGCUGCGAGACCCGAUCGUAAAAGCUAUGGCUGCAGAGAAGGAGUUUGAUUAUCUUGAUGAACGAGAGGAUGAGGAGGACGAGCAGAGAGAGCGUGAGGAGGCGGAGCAAGAGGCAGCAGAAGCAUUGAGGCGCGAGGAGGAAAGAUUGCGCCAGGAGGGUGAAGAACGGAGGCGGCGGGAGGAGGCAGAGAGGCUGGAGAAAGCUACGUGACAUGAUUUUAAUCGAUUUUCCACCUUGUGCAUUGUUUUCUCCUUCUCUUCCUCCCGGAGUGUAGCAAUCUGCGUUUCCACAGCAAGAGAAAGAUUGCUUCCGAGUUCAUUUGAGUUCCUGGUGGUCGAUUUGGCGUCACCAGUCUCAAGUUGUUGAGAAGAAAGGAAUAAUUUGGCCUGUUCCGCAACAGAUCACUUGGGCGAAGCAAUGUAAUUUAGUGCUUGAUCAAUUGUUAACCUUUUUGCUACACAUGUGCGCUCAUGGAAUUCAGAUGGCUGAGCGCGUUUACCUGCUCAACUUCUAGCCAUGUUGCUGUUCUGCUUAAGCGGUGUUAAUCACUUAUUAAGCUCUGAUCAUGGUUGUUG